AUGUCAUCUUACAUACCUAUCCCACUGGUGACUGAAAUACUAAGACGGAUUGGCCAGUAUGGAUUCCGUGAGCUAGGCCCUUUUAUCGCAGCAGGCCCUGUGUGGGCAGAAAUGGUGUUUUCAUAUGACGUGUGUUUGCUGGCCCAAAACAACACCGCUAAAUACGUGGAAGGGUUGAGACGAGCAGCACAAGAUGGCCCUUCCGUCGAAAUCCUGGAUAUGGUUGGUGAAGCUGCGGUUACUAACAUUCAUUCUCGUUUUGCUUUUGGAGUUCUCCUAGUUUGUUGCGGCUCUACAAAUGACGGAAAAAGGGUUCUCAACACAAUUUUUGAGAAGGUCCCAAACUUCUUAGAAGCUGUUAAUAUUGCUGAACAAGUUGUGGCAGCUAUCCGAGACAUGGGAACACCGGGACGGCAUACCUACCGAGGUUUUAGGGGCUUAAUUGAUAUACCAGAAUGUCGACUUAUCCAUCAUACGGCACCAGAUGUUUGCCCAUCUUGCUUUGCUCUAACCUAUGUAUUCAAAAUCUCAGAUUUGUGUUAG